CGAGGUCCGCACUCCUCGUCCCCGCGGCUGGCGCAGGACCUCACUCCAGCUGAGCGCCCACAGGGAUCGGGUCGCGGGGUGGCAGCGGCGAGGAGGCCAAGGGACUAGGAGGAGGACAGGGCGCGCGCGAGCAGCCAGCGAGGGGGUCCCGGCCGUCCCGGGCCAAAGUCGAUCCCCGCGCCGUGGGCGAGCGCGCCCGCCGCCCCUUCCAGGACAGACACCGCCGCGGGGAAGAUAGGGCGGGCGCCGAGCUUCCUAUGACUCCCUGAAGUUGUCGCGCUCCUCUCUGUGUCCGCCACCCGGGCCGUGUCCCUGGUCCCGUGCAUCAAGUGCGCCUCCCCGCUCCCCGGCCCGCUCACCCCGCUGGUAUGGACGUACACACCCGCUGGAAAGCUGCGCGCCCGGGCGCCCCGCUCCUGUCCCCGCCGCUGCUCCUGCUCCUGCUGCUGCUGUGGGCGCCGCCUCCGAGCCGCGCAGCUCAGCCAACAGAUCUUCUGGAGAUGCUAGAUUUUCACAAUUUGCCCUCAGGGGUAACGAAAACCACAGGUUUCUGUGCCACUCGACGAUCUUCCAAAGGGCCGGAUGUUGCCUACCGAGUCUCUAAAGAUGCUCAACUCAGCAUGCCCACCAAGCAGCUGUACCCUGAGUCUGAUUUUCCGGAGGACUUCUCCAUCCUGACAACCGUGAAAGCCAAGAAAGGCAGCCAGGCCUUCCUGGUCUCCGUUUACAAUGAGCAGGGCAUCCAGCAGGUGGGGCUGGAGCUGGGCCGCUCUCCCGUCUUCCUCUAUGAGGACCACACCGGGAAGCCCGGGCCCGAGGAGUAUCCACUCUUCCCUGGCAUCAACUUGUCAGACGGCAAGUGGCAUCGAAUUGCUAUCAGUGUCUACAGGAAAAAUGUCACCUUGAUCCUUGACUGUAAGAAGAAGAUUGUGAAGUUCCUCAACCGCAGCGACCACCCCAUAAUAGACGUCAAUGGUAUCAUCAUGUUUGGCUCUCGGAUUCUGGAUGAUGAAAUAUUUGAGGGUGACAUCCAACAGCUGCUCUUCGUCUCUGACCACCGAGCUGCCUAUGAUUACUGUGAGCACUACAGCCCUGACUGUGACACCGCGGUCCCUGACACACCUCAGUCACAGGACCCUAACCCGGAUGAAUACUACCCAGAAGGAGACGGUGAGACCUAUUACUACGAGUACCCAUAUUAUGAAGACCCUGAAGACCCCGGGAAGGAGCCUGCCCCUACACAGAAGCCAGUGGAAGCUGCCAGAGAAACCACGGAGGUUCCUGAGGAACAGACCCAGCCCCCACCAGAAGCCCCCACAGUGCCUGAGACCAGCGACAUUGCCGGCAAGGAGGAUGAUCCAGGAAUUGGGGACUAUGAAUACGUGCCCACUGACGACUACUACACUGUCUCCCCUUAUGAAGACCUUGGCUAUGGCGAGGGGGUAGAGAACCCUGACCAGCCCACCAACCCUGACUCAGGGGCCGAGAUUCCUACCAGCACCACUGUUACCUCAAACACCUCCAAUCCAGCUCCGCCUCCGGGGGAAGGGAAGGAUGACCUGGGUGGCGAGUUCACCGAGGAAACUAUCAAGAACAUAGAAGACAACUAUUAUGACCCAUACUUUGACCCUGACUCCGACUCCAACGUCUCGCCCUCAGAGAUAGGGCCAGGCAUGCCGGCUAACCAGGACACCAUCUACGAGGGGAUUGGAGGACCUCGAGGUGAGAAAGGACAAAAGGGAGAGCCAGCCAUUAUUGAGCCGGGCAUGCUGAUAGAGGGGCCCCCAGGCCCUGAAGGCCCUGCUGGUCUUCCGGGACCACCAGGAACUACGGGUCCUACUGGCCAAGUGGGUGACCCUGGAGAAAGGGGUCCCCCUGGGCGCCCAGGUCUUCCUGGUGCUGAUGGCUUGCCUGGUCCUCCAGGAACAAUGCUUAUGCUGCCGUUCCGGUUUGGAGGUGGUGGUGAUGCUGGUUCUAAGGGACCCAUGGUCUCUGCCCAGGAGUCCCAGGCUCAGGCUAUCCUCCAGCAAGCCAGGUUGGCACUGAGGGGACCAGCUGGUCCAAUGGGUCUCACCGGGAGACCCGGCCCCAUGGGUCCUCCUGGGAGCGGAGGCUUGAAGGGUGAGCCAGGAGACAUGGGACCUCAGGGUCCGCGAGGUGUGCAAGGUCCACCUGGCCCAACGGGGAAGCCCGGAAGACGGGGCCGUGCUGGGAGUGAUGGAGCCAGAGGCAUGCCUGGACAAACAGGCCCCAAGGGUGACCGUGGCUUUGAUGGCCUGGCUGGAUUACCAGGAGAGAAGGGCCACAGGGGUGACCCUGGUCCUUCCGGCCCACCUGGACUUCCAGGAGAAGAUGGAGAAAGGGGUGACGAUGGAGAAGUUGGACCCAGGGGGCUGCCUGGGGAGCCUGGACCACGUGGUCUGCUUGGGCCCAAAGGGCCUCCUGGACCUCCUGGCCCUCCCGGUGUAACUGGUAUGGAUGGCCAGCCUGGCCCAAAAGGAAAUGUGGGUCCCCAGGGAGAGCCUGGGCCUCCCGGACAGCAGGGUAAUCCCGGUGCUCAGGGUCUCCCAGGCCCCCAGGGUGCUAUUGGUCCUCCAGGAGAAAAGGGUCCUUUGGGAAAACCAGGUCUCCCAGGAAUGCCCGGUGCUGAUGGACCCCCGGGGCAUCCUGGCAAAGAAGGUCCUCCAGGAGAGAAAGGAGGCCAGGGUCCUCCUGGUCCCCAGGGUCCCAUUGGCUACCCAGGUCCACGAGGAGUCAAGGGAGCAGAUGGCAUCCGAGGUCUGAAGGGCACCAAGGGAGAGAAGGGUGAAGAUGGCUUCCCUGGAUUCAAAGGCGACAUGGGAAUAAAGGGCGACCGGGGAGAGAUUGGCCCACCUGGUCCUCGAGGAGAAGAUGGUCCUGAAGGCCCAAAGGGUCGUGGUGGUCCCAAUGGUGAUCCUGGUCCUCUGGGGCCCACUGGGGAGAAGGGAAAGCUCGGAGUGCCAGGAUUGCCAGGGUACCCAGGAAGACAGGGACCAAAGGGCUCUAUCGGAUUCCCUGGCUUCCCGGGUGCCAACGGAGAGAAGGGUGGCAGGGGGACACCUGGAAAGCCAGGACCACGGGGACAGCGAGGCCCAACGGGUCCGAGGGGUGAAAGAGGCCCACGGGGCAUCACAGGGAAGCCUGGCCCUAAGGGCAACUCCGGAGGCGACGGCCCAGCUGGCCCUCCUGGUGAGCGGGGACCUAAUGGACCCCAAGGACCCACGGGCUUCCCCGGACCCAAGGGUCCCCCGGGCCCACCAGGCAAGGAUGGGCUCCCUGGACAUCCUGGACAGAGAGGCGAGACAGGUUUCCAAGGCAAGACUGGCCCUCCAGGCCCCCCAGGAGUGGUUGGCCCUCAGGGUCCCACAGGAGAAACGGGUCCGAUGGGCGAGCGUGGCCACCCUGGCCCUCCAGGGCCCCCUGGUGAACAGGGCCUCCCAGGUGCUGCCGGAAAAGAGGGGACAAAGGGGGACCCAGGCCCUGCUGGCCUCCCUGGGAAGGAUGGCCCUCCAGGAUUGCGUGGAUUCCCUGGGGACCGAGGGCUCCCCGGCCCAGUGGGAGCACUUGGGCUAAAAGGCAGCGAAGGCCCCCCUGGCCCGCCAGGUCCUGCGGGUUCUCCAGGAGAGAGAGGACCAGCUGGUGCUGCAGGGCCCAUUGGAAUUCCAGGGAGACCUGGGCCUCAGGGACCUCCAGGGCCAGCAGGAGAGAAAGGGGUUCCGGGCGAGAAAGGUCCGCAAGGCCCAGCUGGCCGCGAUGGCCUCCAAGGUCCCGUGGGGCUCCCUGGUCCAGCUGGCCCCGUGGGUCCUCCUGGAGAAGAUGGAGAUAAGGGAGAGAUCGGGGAGCCGGGGCAGAAGGGAAGCAAGGGGGACAAAGGCGAGCAGGGUCCUCCCGGACCUACGGGUCCUCAAGGCCCCAUCGGGCAGCCAGGUCCCUCGGGAGCAGACGGUGAACCUGGCCCUCGCGGGCAACAAGGCCUGUUUGGACAGAAAGGAGAUGAAGGUUCAAGAGGUUUCCCAGGACCACCGGGGCCAGUGGGAUUACAGGGUUUGCCAGGACCUCCAGGAGAGAAGGGUGAAACAGGAGACGUGGGCCAGAUGGGCCCUCCUGGUCCCCCGGGUCCCCGAGGACCUUCUGGAGCUCCAGGUGCUGAUGGGCCACAAGGUCCUCCUGGUGGAAUCGGCAACCCUGGUGCAGUGGGAGCAAAGGGGGAGCCUGGUGAAGCUGGAGAGCCUGGUCUUCCAGGAGAAGGAGGCCCCCCGGGACCUAAAGGAGAAAGAGGGGAGAAGGGAGAAGCUGGCCCCUCUGGUGCUGCUGGACCCCCUGGACCCAAAGGCCCUCCUGGAGAUGAUGGUCCCAAAGGCAGCCCUGGCCCUGUGGGCUUUCCCGGAGACCCUGGUCCCCCUGGAGAGCCAGGCCCUGCAGGUCAAGAUGGUCCACCUGGAGACAAAGGGGAUGAUGGUGAACCUGGACAGACGGGAUCCCCAGGUCCUACUGGUGAACCCGGUCCAUCCGGACCUCCAGGAAAAAGGGGUCCUCCAGGUCCUGCGGGCCCCGAAGGAAGACAAGGAGAGAAAGGAGCCAAGGGAGAAGCCGGUUUAGAAGGCCCUCCUGGGAAGACUGGUCCUAUUGGCCCCCAAGGGGCCCCUGGGAAGCCUGGCCCUGAUGGUCUUCGAGGGAUCCCUGGUCCUGUGGGUGAACAAGGCCUCCCAGGAUCCCCAGGCCCUGAUGGUCCCCCUGGCCCUUUGGGCCCUCCAGGACUCCCUGGACUCAAAGGAGACUCUGGUCCCAAAGGUGAAAAGGGCCAUCCAGGUCUGAUUGGACUCAUCGGACCUCCGGGUGAGCAGGGUGAAAAGGGUGACCGAGGACUCCCCGGCCCCCAGGGCUCGUCUGGUCCUAAAGGAGAACAGGGCAUCACUGGUCCCUCUGGUCCACUUGGGCCUCCUGGGCCCCCAGGCCUGCCGGGCCCUCCAGGUCCCAAAGGUGCUAAAGGCUCUUCGGGUCCCACCGGCCCGAAGGGCGAGGCUGGCCACCCAGGACUCCCUGGCCCACCCGGCCCUCCAGGGGAGGUCAUCCAGCCCCUGCCAAUGCAGGCAUCCCGGACUCGGCGGAACAUCGAUGCUAGCCAGCUCCUUGAUGACGGGGCUGGGGAGAGCUAUGUGGACUACGCAGAUGGCAUGGAGGAGAUCUUCGGCUCCCUGAACUCCCUGAAGCAGGAGAUUGAGCAGAUGAAGCGGCCACUGGGCACACAGCAGAACCCCGCCCGUACCUGCAAGGACCUACAGCUCUGCCAUCCUGAUUUCCCAGAUGGUGAAUACUGGGUCGAUCCCAACCAGGGGUGCUCUAGGGACUCCUUCAAAGUCUACUGCAAUUUCACAGCCGGAGGGUCUACGUGUGUCUUCCCUGACAAGAAGUCUGAGGGGAGUAAAAUGGCCCGCUGGCCCAAAGAGCAGCCUUCCACCUGGUAUAGUCAGUACAAACGGGGUUCCCUGCUCUCCUAUGUGGAUGCUGAAGGCAACCCUGUGGGCGUGGUACAAAUGACCUUCCUGCGGCUGCUGAGUGCCUCCGCCCACCAGAACAUCACCUACAACUGCUACCAGUCAGUGGCCUGGCAGGAUGCCGCCACAGGCAGCUACGACAAGGCUAUCCGCUUCUUGGGCUCCAACGAUGAGGAGAUGUCUUACGAUAACAACCCCUACAUCCGCGCCCUGGUGGAUGGCUGUGCUACCAAGAAAGGCUACCAGAAAACGGUGCUGGAGAUUGACACACCCAAAGUGGAGCAAGUCCCCAUCGUGGACAUCAUGUUCAACGACUUUGGUGAAGCCUCACAGAAAUUUGGAUUUGAAGUGGGGCCAGCUUGCUUCCUGGGUUAGGAGCUGCUGAGCCCACCGGUCUUCAGAGCAACCUCGUGACCUCAGCACCCCAGCUGUGGGUGUCCUGUGCACGGCCCAUCCCGGACAGUGAACGUUUCUCACCCCUGCCUGCCUGACUCAUCCGUGCCUCGGAGGGACCCUCCGUGGCCUUGGACCCCACACCCAGAGAGAACAAAGGGAAAGAGCCGUGUCCCCCACGGAGCCGAAUCACAUGACCUAGCCACACCACAGCCUCUUGCCACGCUGCAGGCCCUGGUCCCUAGCUCUCCUGAUAGGUUCAUCAAAGGCGUUCAUGGACUGUUGGCAGGGAGUUAGGGUGGGGCAGUAUUUGGAAAUCACUUAAAAAGAUGCAACUUGAAGAUAUGUAUCGCCCCUUGACCUUCAAAAGAUGCUCUGAGGUGUUCCUAUAAAGGUCGCCAAAGCCUUCUUUUUUUUUUUUAAACACCCCUCAACACAUCCACUCAGAGGCCAAAUGUCAUUCCACACGUGCCUUUCCGAUGGAUUAAAGGUGCUUAUGUUUUUGUGAGAGUUUUAAGUAAAUAUUUGUAUUGUAUUGUUAUAAAUGUUAAGUGUGCCUGGCUUUCAAUCUUGCAUGGAAACCCAGCCUCAGGCCCAUGGGGAGUGUGGGCAGCUGGGACGGGGUACCAGCUCGGGUUUGCAAUCCGGCUCUCUGUAAAGGGCAUCUCCUCACUCCUCUCCCCUUCCCCACCCAGCAAGAAAGUGCAAUAAAUUGGAAAUUUGCUCAGUCGGCAAGAAGCUGCAUCGCCACUGCAGGUGCCUGGGCCCUUUCCAGACUUUUAAUUAUUUUUUUUUCUUUUUGAUUAGCUCUGGAUAAUUUUUUAUGGGGAGGGAAAAAUAGGCAUUUGAGAUCCUGCCUUUCCUACAUGCACUCAGAUUAAAACACAGGCUUAAAUUAAUCCUGAUUGCUUCCUUUUUCCAUGUUUCUUCCUGCAGAGGCUGAUGGGACAGUGUCCAAAGCUUGAGAACCACGUGUUCUGUAGAUGAUAAGUAACUAUAAACAUUGGUGCUGAUUUUUUUACACUUGUCUCUCGUGGUGCUAUGUGUCCUAGAGGCUGCAUUAGGGUGCCCGCCGCGCCUCCUUCCCCCACCUGCCUUUAUCCUGGCCAUUUUUCUACAUUCUGAAAUUUUGCCAAGGACCUAACGAUCAGAUCGGUGCCAGAGACCUUUCUUCCUUGAAGGCACCCCGUGCUCAUGAUGGUGGGGCGUCCUUCCUGAAGCCCGAAUCCCCUUCGGGCUCCGCUUAUUUCAUUUGAAAACACACGCGCAAAACAAAGACUUCCUGCACGAUACAUUGCGUAUCCAUGAUUGUGUUCAGUUGCUGAAUGUUCGUGGUGCUAAUUUCUGUGUGCGUGCCAAGGAUGGGAUGGAAGCCACUGGGUGCCCACGCUGAUAGCCAGACUGCCCUGUGAGCGGCAGGUGGACUAAGAGGUAUACGACGGACUUCGUGGCUCCAGGGCUGCUGUUUGGGUUUCCACCAGAGGGGUGUUCUGGGCACAGGUGUCAGUUCUGGGGUCGGGAUGGAUCCCUCUGCAUGCUGUCGUCUUCCUGCUCCUCCAAGGUGUGUGUGAUGGAGAGGCUGCCUUCUGGGUGCAGAGGUCUCCAGGACCAGCAAGAGAAAAGAAUGGCUCACUGUGAGUCACACGCCUGUUGUGCCUCUCCUUCCACCGUGAGGAGGCUAUGGUGCCGAGGGAGUCAGCCAUCAUGCUCCGGUGCUCCUGUCCCCACCCCACCCCAAAGUGAAGGAAACCACAACACAGCACCUGGGAGUGACCAGGAUUGAUGAAUGCCGCCAACAGGCAUCCCCGGGUUUCCUCAACAACAAGUUUUACUCUUGCCAAAGAAAAGCCUGGCCUGGAGGUUGCUUCUGAAAGCCAGGAUACCAUCGUGAGCCAGGGACCGCUUGCUGUGCGUGCCUCUGCCUGAGAAAAGCCAUAUUGGAAGACAGCCAUGUGAUGUCCUGUGGAUUCUGUGUAGGUCAUGUGAUUCGGUGUCUGCCUCUCUCCCCAUCUGGUUUACCCUUUCACCCUGUCCCAUUCUUCUGUCAGUUCCCCUCCAAGUUGCAAUUUGUAUUGAAGUCCAAAAUGUGUCCUGUUCUCCUCAGUCCACUUCACCUUCAAUAUUUUACAAUAAAAUUACUUCUUAUAUUUGCAGAAAC